GUUUGCCUGCAGUCCAUCUCUACGGAUCCCACCAUUAUGACAUACAAGGGAAAGGGGGAGGGGUAUAGAGAGCAGAAAGCGUGAUGGUGCGUGUGUGCGCAUGGAUGCGUGGAUGGAAGGAUGGAGAGUAGCCGACCACAGGGCUGCGCUGUUGCUGAUAGAACGGUGCAGGCAUCGCACACACUGAGGGACAGCGUGUGUGAGCCAGCCAGGCAGGCAGUCAGUGUUGAGUGUGUGAGCCAUGUUGGAUGUAAGUGAACGGGAGGAGAGAUGCUGCCGCCACGCCGCUCCUAGCGCUCACGCCUCGAGCUCCACGGAACACAGAGGGUAGAUGCCAACUCUCCGGACCGAGAGAGACAAGGGGGAGCCUGGGGGAAGGUGUCAGGCGGCGCUGGCGCUCCUGGAACUGGCCACCGAGCUGGAACGAGGGACGGAGAGAAGUACCGGAGAGAAGGAAACUCAAGGGUGAAAGCCACUCUGACAGGGAAGAGGAGAAAGUAGGGAAAACCCAGAGAAAGGAAAAGACUAAAUGGCUGCACCGCCAACGGGCUUCACCCCGCUCCUGCUCUCCUUUCUGGCUCUCCACCUGCUUCUCCUCGGUCCUUUGUUAGCCUUCACCUCGAGGAGGGUGAGUUUAGGAGGGGCUUCCAACAGAUGGACCCGGGGCCUCUGUCAUCGAGAAGCCUGCAAAGUGGACCAGCAGCGACAGCCGCAUCGGUGCGAGGAUGCAGGGGAGUUGCCGAGGGGAGGCGGGAAUCUCAGCGCAUGCAGGUGGACCGUGGAGUGGAUACAGCCCGAGGGAUGCUCUGGACUGAAGCGCAGGUGGGGGCUAAGAGGUGGAUAUCAGUGGGACGGGUCGAGAUGGGCGCGGAGAAAAAGGCUGAAACGAGUCGGGACGUUUUGUGGGCGCGCAGACGGUGCUCCGUCACCGGCUCCUUCCCUUCCCCAUGCUGGUCUCAGGAGCGGCAGGGCGAACUCGGAUGGCGUCAGCGCAGAGGAGGGAGUUCGCAGAGGGGAGGUGGAGAGGAAGGGCGUUGUUUCGCCCCCUUCUUCACCUGCUUUCACCUUUGUGCUGAUGAAAAACGGAAAAAAAAGGGCAGUACAAAGGACUAAGACGUGCGCGCAAUGCUGCCCGGCGCUGAGGCCACACCUCGCCAAACGUGGAGCUGCCGGAGCCUUUGUGCACAUUUCGGACAUCUGCACCGGACCCGGAAGUAGACGCUUGAAGAGGGAAAGGGUUCGAAAGAGGGCUUCUGGGGUCAGGGGGCUGUCGGUCAGCUCUUUAGCAUCUUGGCAUGUCCGUCGUGUAAACCGCAAGACCCAAACCCUCGUGCUGACCAAGAAGCUCACACCUGGCUGCUUCCCAUCCUCUACAUCUUGGCGCAACCCCCCUCUGUCUGGAUAUCAUUUACCUCACAUUGAUACUUCAAGCAACAUCUUUAAAUGUGACCACGUCUUAACUAAUAUUUCAGACUGUAUUUGGGAAACAAAGCAGAGAAACGUUUGCAUUUGUCCAACUCUUGAAUCCUCUCAGACCGCUCUCACUGAUCUUUUGGAGCAACAAGCUGCUGCAGCUGUUCGGGGCUGUGUUGGCGUGGAAAGGAAGCCUGGUAAUUGUUCUCAUUUUGGAAGGCACAGUCUUAUCGAUCCCAACAGCAACAGAGAGGGGGUUGAUGACAGCUGGAUGACUGGGUGCAUUAUGAGCAGGAAGAAGAAGGGGAGAAAGGGAGGUGGGGCAGAUGUUUGGGCCAAAACUACACAUAAAUGUAGCUCACACGUGUUAAUUAGGAACGGUUUUGAGGCGUCACUAGGUUGUUGGUUAUCCUCAUUCCCUUAUGCAAAUGCAAAGUCUAACCAUGCCAGGAAAAUGGGUGAGGGGAGGGAUACCGGGAGAGAGGUAAAGGGUGGCGGGGGAGGAGGAGGGGCGGCGUUCCUCGGCAACAAACACAUUCAUUUAUCUAAUUGGGCAGAUAAUGGGUUGGCUUUUUCAAUUCUAGGGCUCUCACACAUCCCUUUUAACGAGCUUCUUUCUGGGGAAUCUGCACCAGCAACCGCAAGGCAGAGAGGUACGACCAGGGGGCUUUCUGGUGGCUGCUUUAGCAAAAAGGAAUUAAGAGACGGAUGCUGUGCGGUUUCCAUGACCCCACAGAGGGGCGUGGUUAAGAUGAAUCCUCUCAUCCAAUUUAAUCUCAGCAGCAUCACACAGACGCCCGCCAGACAUUCAUUAUUUAACAAAAGCGUCAGUCCCAAAUCAGAAUCUGUCCUCGGUACGCGCGCUCAAUCCGAUUAUCGCGCAGGGAGGGGAAAACCAGCGCUGACUUCAUCUGCUGAAAAAGUAAAAGCAACUCCAGAGGCAGAGUCUGACUCAGACUUUUUCUUGCCAGCGAAGUUUCCUGUUACAUCUCCCAGUGCUGCGUCAGGCUCCUUUGACUCUGCAGCAGCAAUCACGCCACAGUCCUGCAGCAUCACGUCCCGCCACCCCUCGUUUUUCGCAGAAAAGAAUCAGAGCACAUGGCAGCGUGUGUUUGUGAGACCAUUGAUUUCAGGACCACGGACAGUUCCGCUAGUGUUUCUGUGGAGCAGAUUUAACAGCAAUAACAACAACAAUAAGGAGGGGGGCAGUGAAAGCAAAGGAUGUGGCCCCAGAUCUCAUAAGGGAACGUCAUCCUGGCAUGGUCAGACUCAACAGGAAGAGGAGAGUGCUGUCCCAGCAGGGUGCACUGACAGCAUCUCCAACAUUUCAGCCACCGGGGCAGGAGAAGGCGCACUUGUGCAUUUAAAAUUCAUUAAUCAAGUGCCAUUAGAGCCUGAAGGUGUCAGACAUUUAGACAGGCAGCAGAUGGGGGUCGGAGAAGAAAGGGAGAGGAGUGUGGAGAGGGAGGGAGAGGGCUUGGAGAUGUCCACUGCUGUUUGGGGAGGAAAAUUGCAGGUGGGGGAAGGCGAAAGAGAGGCGCUGCUGCUAGAAGGGAGGGAACCACGAGCAGAGGAGGAGGAGGAAGUGCAGAAUGAGAGGGUAGAGGGAGUAACAAAAGCAGGAGAGGGGAGAGAUGUCCAGGGACAGAAAGGUCAGGGUAAGGAUAGCGGCCCCAUCCCACAGUUAGAUGAUAUGCAAAGAAGUGGAGAGAGUCAACUAAAUGAAAGCUAUCAGGGAGAUGAGCAGGGUGAAAGUGGGGUGCAGGGGGAGGAAAAUCACACUUCAAGAGGAGAGAGGAGUCUGGAACGACUUAUAGUAGUAGAAGGUGAUACCUCACGGGGGGAAAAAGAGAGGAGGAUUUUAAUGCCAUGGUCUCGAUCCAGGCGUGCAGCCAACAGGCACCCCCAUUUCUCACUGUACAACUACCAAGUACAGGUGGCUGAGAACCAGCCAUCGAGCACCUCUGUCAUCAUCAUGUCGGCAACAGACCCAGAUCCAGGAGAUCCAGGCAGGAUGAGCUACUCGAUGGCCCCAUUAAUGAACAGUCGGUCAUCUGACUACUUCCAAAUCCAUCCCAACACAGGCCUUAUCACCACCACUCAAAUGCUUGACAGAGAGCACAUGGACCUGCACCACUUUCGGGUCACGGCAACCGAUCACGGCUCCCCUCGUCUCUCUGGCACUACAAUGGUGACCAUUACAGUUUCUGACCGGAAUGAUCACUCUCCCAUUUUUGAACAGUCAGAGUACAGAGAGACAAUUAGGGAGAACGUAGAAGAAGGCUAUCCCAUCCUGCAGCUCAGAGCAAAAGAUUCAGAUUCUCCAUCUAAUGCUAAUAUUCGCUACCGGUUUGUUGGUGACACAGCAGUGAUGGCACGGGUUGCUUUUGAGAUUGACCCACGCUCUGGUCUCAUUACAACCCGUGGAUCUGUGGACCGUGAGUCAAAUGAGCACUAUACGCUUCACGUGGAAGCCAGUGAUCAGGGGAAGGAUCCAGGGCCACGCUCUGCCACCGUCAAAGUCUUUAUUACGGUGCUAGAUGAGAAUGACAAUGUACCACAGUUCAGUGAAAAGCGCUACGUGGUGGCAGUCAAAGAGGAUGUGCGACCACAUUCUGAGAUCCUCCGUGUGAGUGCGACAGACCGAGACAAGGACAGUAAUGCUGCUGUUCAUUAUAACAUCAUUAGUGGAAACAGUCGUGGACAGUUUUCUAUUGAUAGCGUCACUGGUGAGAUCCAGGUGGUAGCACCACUGGACUAUGAGUCUGAACGGGAGUACACACUCCGUGUUCGUGCACAAGACAACGGAAGACCACCAUUGUCCAACAAUACUGGCAUUGUGAGUGUACAAGUGACAGAUGUCAAUGAUAACCCGCCUAUCUUUGUCUCCACACCAUUUCAGGCAUCAGUGCUUGAGAGUGCCCCAGUUGGCAGUUCCAUCCUCCACAUUCAGGCCAUUGACACAGACUCAGGUGAUAAUGCCAGACUAGAGUACAGGUUAACUGGAACUGGCUCUGACACACCGUUUAUCAUCAAUUCUGCAACAGGCUGGGUCACUGUCAGCUCCAUUCUUGACAGAGAAUCUGUGGAGCACUAUUUCUUUGGUGUGGAAGCAAGGGAUUAUGGGAUGCCUCCUCUCUCUGCCACAGCCAGUGUUACUAUUACCGUGAUGGAUGUUAAUGACAACCGCCCAGAGUUUCUCCAGAAAGAGUACUAUGGUCGCUUGAAUGAGGAUGCAGCGGUUGGCACAAGUGUAGUGACGGUCACAGCUGUGGAUCGAGAUGUUAACAGUGCGGUGACCUAUCAAAUAACUGGAGGGAACACCAGAAACCGCUUUGCUAUUAGUACAGCAGGAGGAGCAGGACUUCUCUCAUUGGCUCUCCCACUGGACUACAAACAGGAGCGACGCUACGUUCUCACAGUCACUGCCUCGGACAGGACGCUCCAUGACACCUGUCAGGUGCAUAUCAAUAUCACAGAUGCCAAUACACAUCGACCUGUGUUCCAGAGCGCCCACUACUCUGUUAGUGUGAAUGAGGACCAGCCUCCUGGAAGCACUGUCGUUGUGAUCAGUGCCACAGAUGAUGAUGUUGGUGAAAAUGCUCGAAUCACUUACUUUCUUGAGGACAACAUCCCUCAGUUCCGUAUUGAUCCAGCGACAGGUGCAAUAACGCUUCAGGCAGAGCUCGACUAUGAGGAUCAGAUGACCUACACUCUGGCAAUAACAGCUAAAGACAAUGGGAUACCACAGAAGUCAGACACAACAUAUGUUGAGGUAAACGUCAAUGACGUAAAUGACAAUUCUCCUCAGUUCCUUAGCCCCAGAUAUCAGGGAACCGUAAGCGAAGACGCCCCUCCCUUUACCAGCGUUCUGCAGAUCUCAGCCACCGACCGUGAUGCUCACGCUAACGGGCGUGUUCAGUACACGUUCCAAAACGGCGAGGACGGGGAUGGUGAUUUUACCAUUGAACCAACGUCUGGCAUUGUCAGAACAGUUCGCCGCUUGGAUCGGGAAAGUGUGCCGUUUUAUGAGCUUACAGCUUAUGCUGUGGAUCGUGGCGUUCCCCCUCAACGAACCCCUGUACACAUCCAAGUGACAGUCCUUGAUGUCAAUGACAACGCCCCUGUCUUUCCUGCUGAUGACUUUGAAGUAUUAGUGAAGGAAAACAGUGCUGUGGGCUCUGUGGUUUCUCAGAUCACAGCCACAGACCCUGACGAGGGUGCCAACGCCCAAAUAAUGUACCAGAUUGUGGAGGGCAACAUACCCGAGAUCUUUCAGAUGGACAUCUUUUCAGGAGAACUCACUUCACUCAUUGAUCUCGACUAUGAGGCCCGAAAUGAGUAUGUCAUUGUCGUUCAGGCUACAUCAGCACCCCUGGUGAGCAGGGCUACCGUAAGAAUCCGUUUGGUGGACCAGAACGACAAUCGACCAACCCUACAAGACUUUCACAUCAUUUUUAACAACUUUGUAUCCAAUCGGUCAAAUAGUUUCCCCAGUGGGGUGAUUGGCAGGGUACCUGCCCACGACCCUGAUGUCUCAGACAGGCUGUACUACACCAUCGACAGAGGAAAUGAGCUUCACCUGCUGCUCUUGAAUCACACCAGUGGAGAGAUCCGACUGAGCCGAAAACUGGAUAACAACAGGCCACUGGUUGCUCCCAUGCUGAUCACUGUCACGGACGGUGUCCACAGCAUCUCAGCUCAGUGUGUUCUCCGUGUCCUCAUCAUCACCGAGGACAUGCUUGGAAACAGUGUCACAGUCCGUUUGCAGAACAUGACCCAGGAGCACUUCCUGUCACCACUGCUGGGUAACUUCCUGGAGGGCGUGUCUGCUGUGCUCUCUGUGCCAGUGGAGAACGUUUUCAUCUUCAACAUCCAGCCAGAUCUGGACGCAGCACCUGGAAGGAUCCUGAACGUCAGCUUCUCUGCUGCUUUGCCGGGUGGAUUUUUCUACGCCUCUGAGGAUUUGGAGGAGAAGCUGUACCUAAACAGGCCCAGGCUGACUUCAUUGACACAGAUGGAGGUUCUUCCAUUCGAUGACAACGUGUGUCUGCGGGAGCCCUGCCAGAACUACAUGAAGUGCAUUUCCGUGCUGCGCUUUAACAGCUCUGCACCCUUCAUCUCCUCGCCUUCCAUCUUAUUCCGGCCCAUCCACCCCAUCGCAGGCCUGCGUUGCCGGUGCCCUGUGGGCUUCACGGGCGAUUACUGCGAGACAGAAAUCAACCUGUGCUACUCCAACCCCUGCCUGAAUGGAGGGGUGUGCGCCCGCCGGGAGGGGGGCUACACCUGCAUCUGCCGUGAAGACUACUCUGGUGACCGCUGUGAGUUUGACCGGCAUCAUGGGAAGUGCAAUUCAGAUGUGUGUCGGAAUGGAGGGACAUGCCAGGAGCUCUCUGGAGGAGGUUUCCGCUGCGAGUGUCCCGCAGGAGGCUACGAGCAUCCAUACUGUACCGUCACCGCCCGUUCCUUCCUUCCCAAGUCAUUCGUCAUGUUCAGAGGCCUCAGGCAGCGCUUCCACCUCUCCAUCUCUUUAACUUUUGCCACUUUGGAGAGCAGUGGUCUUCUCUUCUAUAACGGGCGCUUCAACGAGAAACACGACUUUAUCGCCUUGGAGAUCCAAGACGGACAAGUGGUCCUCAAAUACUCCACAGGUGAAUCCUCCACUCAGGUGAGUCCCUUCCUGCCAGGCGGCGUCAGCGAUGGAAACUGGCACACAGUUCACAUCCAUUACUACAACAAGCCAGCUACACGCUAUCCCAAACGCAGCAUGAUUGGAGAAGCCCAGGGUCCAUCAGAUGAAAAGAUAGCUGUGGUGAGCAUCGACGACUGUGAUACGGCCCUGUCGCUUCGCUUCGGCACACAACUGGGAAAUUAUAGCUGUGCAGCACAGGGGAAGCAGACCAGCAAUAAGAAGUCUCUGGAUCUGACAGGUCCAUUAUUCCUGGGUGGAGUUCCCAACGUGCCUGACAACUUCCCAUUUGGCACCAGGGAGUUUAUUGGCUGCAUGAAAGAGCUGCACAUUGACAACAAGCCACUGGAUCUUGCUGGAUUUAUUGCUAACAAUGGGACGCUCCCUGGCUGCAGCGCCAAACACCCCUUCUGCAAGUCGAACCCGUGUCAGAAUGGGGGCACCUGCAGUGUGAGCUGGGAGACCUUCUCCUGUGACUGUCCCGUGGGACAUGGCGGAAAGGACUGCAGCCAGGCAAUGCAACACCCUCAUCGCUUCCUGGGGAACAGCGCCCUCUGGUGGGACCUGAAAAAUGACGUCACCAUCUCCACCCCUUGGUAUCUUGGCCUGGUGUUCAGAACCAGAGCCCGCGAUGGGACGCUGCUGCAGGCGCAGGCUGGCCAGUACACCAGUUUGCUGUUCCAGGUUAUUAACAGUCAGCUGGUGUUCUCCGUCACCCGUGGUUCAACUCGACCAGUGCGCUUGCGUUUGGAUCAGGUACAAGUGGCAGAUGGUCGGUGGCACGACCUCCAGCUGGAGCUGCGAGACGUCCGCAGCGGCCGGGAGACGCGCUACGUCGCCACACUGAAGCUUGACUUUGGUCGAUAUCAGGAAAGUGUGAUUGUGGGAAAUGAGAUUCCUGGCCUUAAGGUGAAGCACCUGCAUGUGGGAGGAGUGCUGGGAUCUGGAGAAGUCCAGAAUGGAAUAAGAGGCUGCAUACAGGGUGUCCGUUUGGGUGUACGACCAGAUGCGCCUGCUUUGCCCCGCCCAUCCAGAGCUGUCAAGGUGGAGACUGGGUGUAAUGUAGGAAACCCUUGUCUCUCUUCUCCCUGCCCAGCUCACAGCCGUUGCACUGACUUGUGGGAAAAGCACGCCUGCCUUUGUGAACCUGGUUACUACGGGAGAAGCUGCACGGAUGCCUGUCACUUGAAUCCCUGUGAAAAUGAGGCUCAGUGCCACAGGAAGCCGAGCUCUUCCCACGGCUACACCUGUGACUGUGGGGACAACCAUUAUGGACAGUACUGCCAACACAGGAUUGAUCACCAGUGUCCCAGGGGAUGGUGGGGGUCUCCGACCUGUGGACCGUGUCACUGUGACAUAAGUAAAGGCUUUGACCCAGACUGUAACAAGACCAGUGGACACUGCCACUGCAAGGAGUUUCAUUACCGUACCCGGGGCUCUGACACCUGCCUGCCAUGUGACUGCUACCCAGUGGGCUCCUUCUCGCGGUCAUGUGACCCAGACACAGGCCAGUGUCAGUGCAGGCCCGGCGUGAUCGGUCGCCAGUGCAACAAAUGUGAUAACCCCUUUGCGGAGGUGACAAACUCAGGCUGCGAAGUCAUUUAUGAUGGUUGUCCAAAGACCAUCACACAGGGGAUCUGGUGGCCUCGGACUAAGUUCAACCUUCCCGCUGCCGUGCCCUGCCCCAAAGGCUCUGUUGGUGCAGCUAUCAGACACUGUGAUGUGGAGCGAGGAUGGCUGGAGCCAGACCUUUACAACUGCACCUCACCCCCUUUUGUGGAGCUUAACAUUGCUCUUGACUCUUUGGAGCGCAAUGAGACGGAGCUGAACACCAUCACAGAGAAGAAACUCGCUCACCAGCUCCGCGAUGUCACUGAGGCCACUGCCCGGCUCUACGGCAACGACCUGCAGAUUGCUGAGCGGCUGCUGUCCCGCCUCCUAACAUUUGAGACCCAACAGAGCGGCUUUGGUCUCACGGCCACACAGGACGCACAUUUUAACGAGAAUGUCCUGAGAGCCUGCAGUAUGCUAUUGGGCCCCGGUACCUCUGGACUUUGGCGAGCUCUGGCUCAGACUCAGAACCACCUCCUGGGUGGUGGACCAGCAGAGCUAACAGAGCUUCUGGAACAGUACACCCAGAAUCUGGCCCGGAAUAUGAAGCUUACCUACCUCAACCCUGUGGCCUUAGUUUCACCCAACAUUGUCAUGAACCUGGACCGUGUGGAGAACCAGACCCAUGUGAGGCGGCGUUUCCCACGUUACCACACCACCCUGUUUCGCGGUCAAACCUUGUGGGAUCCUUACACUCACAUCCUGCUUCCCCCGGCUGUCCUUGUGCCACAACGGCAACAGCAACACAACUGGAAGGACAAAGAGCGAACAGAGAAGGAGGCCUCAGUGCCUCAGAGUGCCCCCUUGGCCCCUGGCAGCGGCAAAGCCAAUCAGACGAGAGAAUACACUGCAGCUAGACGCAGUGUUUCAUUGCCUGAGCAGCCAAUCACUAUUGUCAUCUUGCUGAUCUAUCGAAGUCUGGGAGCCGCCCUGCCUCCCAAAUAUCACGCAGACCGCAGAGGCAUAAGGCUUCCCAGACACCCAGUAAUGAACUCCCCGGUGGUCACCGUCUCUGUUUACAACAACCAGACGUUUGUGGGUGGUCACCUGGACCAACCGAUCCUCCUGGAGUUUAAGCUUCUGGAGACUUCAAAUCGCAGCAAACCUCUGUGUGUGCAGUGGAACCACAGCAGUCCGCAGGACACAGGUGGCUGCUGGACAGUCAGGGACUGCAUGGUGGUGUACAGAAACACUUCCCAUGUCCGCUGUCAGUGCCAGAGACUGGGCACCUUCGGGGUACUGAUGGACAGCUCACAGAGAGAGCAGCUGGAGGGUGACCUGGAAAUGUUGGCCUUGGUCACCUACUCUUCUCUGAUCAUUUCCAUGCUGGCCCUUCUUCUCACGGUCUUGGUGCUCUCCUGCCUGCGGGGCCUCAAGUCCAACACGAGGAGCAUCCAUUCCAACACAGCAGCAGCCAUGCUUCUGUCAGAACUGGUCUUUCUACUGGGAGUCAACCAGACGGAGCAACAGUUCCUGUGCACGGUGGUCGCCAUCCUGCUGCAUUACUUCUUCAUGUCCACAUUUGCUUGGAUGUUUGUGGAUGGCCUCCAUGUCUAUCGGAUGCAGACUGAACAGCGCAACAUUAACUAUGGAGCCAUGAGGUUCUACUACGCCAUUGGCUGGGGAGUGCCAGCUAUAAUCACAGGCCUGGCAGUGGGUUUGGACCCGGAGGGUUAUGGGAACCCAGACUUCUGUUGGAUCUCCAUCUAUGACAAACUGAUUUGGAGCUUUGCUGGUCCUAUAGCCAUCGUCCUACUGAUGAAUGGAGGGAUUUUUAUCACAGUGGCCAAGAUGUCCUGUAAUCCAUCCCAGAAAGAGACAAAGAAACUCCCUGUCAUUGCGGCAAUCCGAAAUGCCUUUUUGCUGAUGCUGGUGGCGACCUCCACCUGGCUGUGCGGCCUCAUGGCUGUCAACAACAGCAUCCUGGCUUUCUACUAUAUUUUUAAUGUCCUCUGUUUAGUUCAGGGCCUGUCUGUGAUGUUGGUUUUCACUGUGUUCAACUCAGAAGUUAAGGAGGCUUGGAGAGUAGCCUGUCUGGGUAAGAAAAGCCCAGUAGAAGAUUCACCAAGACCACAGCAGAACACUGCGCAGAAUCCCUAUCACAAUGCAUCUUUGUUGGAGCAGAGCGGACUGCACCGCAUCACCUUGGGGACCUCCACCAUCUCUUCUGUCAGCUCUGCAAGAGAAAAUCUUCUGGCUCGGCAGACUCUGGAGCAGAACAUCGUCCAAACAGGAGCGACAGACCUGGAUGUAGCCAUGUUCCACAGAGAUGGAGGUGUGGACUCAGACUCAGACUCAGACCUCUCCAUGGAGGAAGAGCGAAGUCUCUCAAUUCCGUCCUCUGAAAGUGAUGACAAUGUGCGUCUCAGAGGUCGCAUCCAGCGGCGAUUCAAACGCUCCAAUCAUGGCGAACGUCUUCUCACUGAACCAGCAAACAAUGACACCAAAGAUCUAGACGGUAAUGACCUUUUGUCAUACUGGCCCGCCCUGGAGGAGACAGACACGCACACAUUGCAGAAGUGGGGCUCGGAGCGCCCUCUGGGAGCAGACUAUAGUAAAGAUGCAGCCAACAACAACCAGCUGGACGCAGCGCUCACCAGUGGCGACGAGAACGGCUACAGCCAGCCUCAUCGCCAUCGUAAGGGUAUCCUGAAGAAUCGUCUUGGAUGUCCUCCAGCACUGCAAGGUUUUUCCACUACGGGCCGAGUUCCUAGUGAGCUCAACUGGUACCGAACAUCUACUCUUGGCCAUAGAGGUGUUCCAGCAGCCUCAUACGGUCGGAUGUAUUCCGCCACCGCAUGCGGCACUGCAGGUUCUGGCUCCUUGUCCCAGCCAGCUUCCAGAUACUCUUCCAGGGAGCACCUGGACUCGCUUGCCAGGAGGCAGUUGUCCAGAGAUCCUCUAGGGAGACAGACAGUUGGGGGAUCAAGGGACCGCCUAGAUUCCCGAGGUUCCAGGGACAACCUGGAUCUUUUACCCAGGAGGAGAGAGUUGGGGCUUGGACAAGGAGCAGGACUUGGGGGCCUGGAUCACCAGAGAGUGUCAUUGUCCAGGGAAAACUUGUCAGGAUCGAGGGAAAGACUGAACAACCACCAUGCCAGUAGCUUCCACGCCUCAAGAGAGGACUUGAGUGGGAAUGGAGGGGCUGUUGGGGCUGGAAUGGAAGGAUACCUUAGCGGGUCAAGGUCACAGCUAAAUUCACAAACCCGCCGUCAGGCCUCCUCCCGGGAGCACCUAGGAGGGGCCCUGAUGAGCAGUAGGUCGAGGGACCAGCUGGAGACCAAUGGCGUAGGAGCUCAGGCUCAGCCCUGUCGAGAGUGGCUACGCACCUUGCCACCCCGGCAGCCCUCACACCCAGACCAGCCUCCCUCUGCCUCUCCUCCUCCCCCCAUCUCAGAGGAGCCGCAGCAGGAGCAGCUACCUCCUCAUGUCCGAGGACGACUGGACUCUGCCCCCUCAUGUAGGUACCCCAGUCAGACUGUUAGCCAGGCUGCAGGUUUGAAUCCCAACCCCCUGGUUCGACAACCAUCCAACGAGCACCUGGAUAUUCUGUCCUCUAUCCUGGCCUCCUUCAGCUCCCCUGCCCUCACCCCUCCCCCUGCUUCCUCCAACCCUGGUCGUAACGGCUCCGUCCUUGGACCCUCCCCAUCCCCACCCCAGUCUAACACUUCCCAUAGCAUAUCUGAGGUCUCCCCAGACUCAGAAGCCAACAGGAGCGAGGGGCAGUCUUGAUGACAGCUUCAACACCCCCCGCCCCCAUUCAUUCCAACAAUACUUGGUGCACAAGGGUCAAGUCGGGAAAAUGUGGAACAUCUAAAGACUUUCAUUAAGCCGAAAGAGAGGGGGAAAAAAAGAUAAAAACUGAUGAAGAGGCUGUUUUUGUGCCGCCUCUUCUGUACUUGGACUUUUUACUUUUUUUUUGUUUGUUUUUUGUUUUUUUUAGCUCAAAAAGCUUAAGACGGAUAUGGUUGGCUUUUUAAACAAACCAUCUCAGUUUUCAAGCACACGUUAGCCUCAACAAAACCUGUUGAAAAGGGGAAAAUAAUGGGUCUGUAAAUAACAUUUUUAUACAUUUUGUAUCUUUUUCAUUGGAGAUGAAGAAGAAAUCUCUUGUAUUGUUUCUUUUAAAGGUGGUUUUGUCUGUGUGAGGUAAUGAAUGAGGUUGAUGUGAGUGUGCACUCUUACGAUUUGUCAAAAGGGGGCAAAAGGAUUUCUCCUUGACAGAAAAAAAAAACUUAAAUGUCCCUUUUUUAACAUUUUCCUUAACCUUUUCCUGUCAUCCAUCAACGUUAUGUAUAGCAUCACAAAUCUGACAAUAUCUGAUGAGAUUAUCAAAACCUGAAAGUGUGUAAUCAGGAAGUGACUGUAUAUAGAAGAAGGAAUUUUUUAAAUAAGAGAUCUGAUGGAACAAGAAGAUUGUGCAAGGAAAGAGUUCUAACAGAACAUUAGAAGACUGAAAGGGGAUGGUUCAACUGUUAAAGCCCAGCCAUAUGUAUCAAAAAGUGUCAGCUCUGCUGGGACAUUGUGCUGUUUUGUGAUCCGAUGUAUAUGAAUGUGACCUCGUCAUCUAUCUGUGUAUCCUUGUGCCUGGUGCUGUCUGAGCUCCAUCACAUCUUCAGUAUCUGGAGACCUGAUGGUUGAAGGGAUUUCUCUGUCUGCCUCUCUACAUGAGGCUGUAACAACUGUGUAACAACUGCUUUAAAACCCCACCACCACCAAUUUCCACUUUGAUGCACCACAACGCUACCUGCCUCAAGGGUUGCAACAGGAGCAGCAGAAUCUCUCCGGCAGCAUCUGGGAAACUCUUUUAUGAAAGCUUCGUGCUAAUCUAAGCCAAAGGGACCUCAAAUUUGUUUGUAACAUUGGUGUUCAUCACUUGAUAGAUUCUGUAAAUGUUAUUCACCUUUUUUAUUUUAGCCACGGUCUAACUAUGCUAUGGAUUUGCGUCUAAAUUUAUUAUUUUUUUGUUAAUGAGGCCUUAGAUUUACAUUAUCACACAGCCCAUAAUCUAUUGGAUUUUAUCUGGCUGCACACCCACUGUGGAAACAAGUAGGUUAUUAUUGAGCAUGAGGGGAUUUGCAAAUGCAGAAAUAUAUCUGUGGAUGCAUGAGCAAGCCUGAAGCACAUCCCCAGUUCUUCCUAUCUGAAGUGUCUCUGAAGCUCGUUAAUUGUUGCUCCAAAAAAAUCUAAUCUGAGCUUUUAUAUAUUUAUUAUUCCAUUUGGAGCAACAUGCAAUUGAAGGAUUCUUGAAAUCUGCUAGUACAUCUGCAGGUGUGCAACACUCCACUUAGUAAAGGAGAGAAUGUGUCAGCAGUGUCAGCUCUAAAAGCCUCUAAUUGAGUUUCAGGUGCAGAUUUUUCCAUUGGGUCUUUUAUCGCUGGGAGGAGUUUAGACUUUUAGAAAAAGCAAGCAACCAAACAGGUAUUUACCGGCAGUAUUCAACUGCAGAUGAAGAGAAAGAAACAAAAGAAAGAAAAUAUGUUGUGUUAGCAGGAGCAAAAGAUCUCGACGUACAACAGAUUAACAAGGAAAAACAGAGGAAAAAUAUUAAAGUCGGUGUUCAACACAGAGAAAUGGCUGUGUAUAAAACACUGCAGGAAGAAUAAAGGGGAGACUUCACAAAAAGAUAGUGAGCGGAGAAAAUAAAAUGUUCCAAAACAAAUGCAUAUUUUGUCUGACUUGCAGCUGACAUGCAAACCUUUCCUUAACAGUUCUUCCUGCAGAGGAAAUGCCACCUGCCCUGCACACCCACAAAAGCCCACAUUUUUUCCUCCUUUAUUAUUGUUGCAGAUUUUAACUUUUAGACAUAUUUAUUUAUUGAUCAUUUAAGUGUAUGAAUUAUUUAUUAUUGCCAUUUUCUAUCAAAUAUUUUCAAUUGUUUUUUAAGUUUUAUUUACUUUGUUUUGGCGAAGAAGGCAGCAAAUUUACAAAUGAACAAGUAAUGGUUUCUUUUCAAAUGGGGAACUGACAGCUUCAUGAAAUACAUUUAAUUGGAUUCUUUAUCUACCUAUAAAGGGAAAAUCUUAAAAGGUCUGUCAAAACUAAAUUACAUUUCAGUCCAUUAAGAAUGCAUUUGUCCUCUCUAAAAAGAUUUUUGAAACAUAUCUUGAUGAAAAGUUGAAAAUGGGGUCUAAGUAAUGAGGAUCUUUGGAUGAAAAAAAAAGACCCAUGUCCAACCAAGUGAAAUGAAGAAGCUUUGAGACUGAUGGGAGAUUGACUUUAUUAUCUUGUGCUCAUUAUGAAAUGCAUUUUAACCCACUCCAAGGGUGAGAAUGGUUGUUUGUGUGUUACCAUGGAAACAUAUGUUGGACAUGAAAAAAACAAGCUUAUUUCUACUA